UCCGCUUCUUGAAGGAUUCCUUCUUUACACCUUGCAAAUUGGGCUUUUGGAGGCUGGAUGCGGCGACGAUCGUAACUCAACCCGAGGUAGGAUUGGGGGAAGAAAAAAAAAAAGAUUGAGAAAUCCCUGGAGGUCUCCUUGCAAACGGGAACCUGCAAGCUACCACUUUGCUGGAGAACAAUCGGCGAAAGGGGACAAAAGGACUCUGCCAGGAUUCUGAAAUGGGUCGGUGGGUGGGUGGGAAGCCAGCCGGGCCUCUUAGCCCUGGAAGAGCAGCAAUGACAGCGAAGGAUAAUACUUCUUAGGAUGUUCUUUGUGUGACGGGUUGGGAAGUGGAGAACUUCCAGAGUGGACCAGGUUGAGAAGAAGACAUUGCUGGAUGAAUUGGCCUUUUUUUUUUUUUACGAGAAGGGCUGGGGUGCAGCUUCGAAAGAGGAAGGAAGGGGCAGGCAAGCAGAGGAACAGGGUAGAGAGGGAAAAAAAAAAGAGGGAACCAAGGCGAGAUAGGUAGAUCGAAAGGAAGAGAGGAAUUCAUCAAGGACAGGGAGAAGAAGACACCCCCCCUCCGCCCAAAAUCCCACUUGGACAUCUUGGAGAAUUGGUGACCACUGAGGCGAGGACAAAGACGAGACAAAUCUCACCUGCUGAGGUCCAGAAGAAAACCAGAAGAAAACCCAUCCAGGAGAAGAGAGAGAGAAACAACGACGUCCCACGAAGGAGGCAGCUAAUCGAGGUAGACUUCGAAAGAGGAGAAGACCUUCAGAGAGAAGGUGCCCGUAAAGACGUGGGUUGGAGCCUUCCGAAGGUCGGGGAGAAAGAGGAACUGGCGUUGGGUCGUCUACCAUGUCCCAAGGAGGCUACUUUGAGGGCGAGAGGCACUACCAAGCUCUAGAAAUGGCUCCCGCGCGGUCCGCUGGAAGCGACUUGGCCCCGUUGUGUGAAUCGGAGUUGGCUUCCUACAUCGGGGACGAGCAGUUGCUCUCAGAGUUGCUGCAAGGCAACCAGCAGAGGCUGUCCAAGGGGACCUCCUUCCCAAGCUACUUCCCCACCGACCCGUACCCCUUCCUCUCUUUCGGAGGGGAACGCAAAGGCCUGGCCCCCUUUGACCCGCGAUCGGUUGCUGUCAAGGAAGAACCUCGAGGCGGAGAGGCAGGGCGAGGGCCCGCACGCCACCCGUACAGUUCUGUGCACUUGCCGGCUGCCCACUGUGCCCAGGUGACCCUCACCCAACCGGGACCGCGGACCGGACAAGCUUUGAGAGUGCUCAAGGGCCCGGCCUGCAGCUCGUCUCCUCCUUGCGGCAACCCCAAGGGAAAGAAAUCGGUGAACAAGGACAGCCUGGAGUACCGCCUGCGUCGCGAACGCAACAACAUAGCAGUGCGCAAGAGCCGCGACAAAGCCAAGCGGCGGGUAAUGGAGACGCAGCAGCGCAUGGUGGAACUCCUAGGGGAGAACGAGCGGCUGCGCAGCCGGGUGGAACAACUGAUGCAGGAAACCGAGACCCUCCGGGAUAUUUUCCGCCAAGUGCCCGAAGCCGCCGGCUUGAUCAAGGGUCUCGGGGGUUGCAGUUGAAGCUGGAUGGGGGGUUGGCACCCAAGGUGCCAAGAGGAGGCGGGGGGGAUAUGACUGCAAUCUAGAAGAACAAAGCUUUUGCAAUGUGUAAAUUUAAAAAAAAGUUAUUAUUUUUUUGGCUUGGCUUUAAACAUCUCUGGUGGUGAAUUUUUUUUUAUAUAUAGUUUAUUGAUACAUUUACAAUUAACAUACAUAUGUUAAUUGAACAGUGAACAGUGUAAUAUUCGGGUCAAUUGCUUCCAUAAUAAUAUAUAUAUAAUAACAAUAAUAAUAAUAACACGGCUAUGGAUGAAGCAUGUAACAGUGAUACCCAUUGUCAUCGGGGCACUUGGUACCAUGUUCAAGAAUUUUACAAAACACAUCAAGAAAUUGCAGAUUCCUGCAAGAACACCAGCGGAAUUGCAGAAAAACUGCGCUACUCGGAACAUCGUACAUCUUAAGAAGGUACUUGGUUGAUACCUAGGACACUGGCAGCAACCCGUAUCAACCAUUAGUACCAGUCAAUGGUAUUUGUGACGCAUUUUUAAAUGUUCGGUUGACUGAGUUUCAUGUUUAAUGACUAAAAGAGAUAAUAAUAUUAAUAUUAAUGAUAAUAUUUUCCCAGCUCCUAAUUUCUACUUCUAUUUUCCAGCCAGUUACAAAACAAAUCCCAUAUUUGAAAAUAUUCCGUAUCUUCCUUCUCUUUUCUCUUUAACGUCAGUCUAUCCCAGGGGUCGGCAACCUUAAACACUCAAAGAGCCAUUGGGACCCGUUUCCCACAGAAAAGAAAACACGGGAGUCACAAAACCCUUCCUGUGCCUGACUAUUUCUUGAGCGGCCACAAAACUAGCAUAUGAAGUUGAAUUAAAUGUUCCUGUUUUCUUCUGAAACUUUUCUUUUCUUGGAUUUAUCCAUGGUUGGCCGAGUGGGGGUUGAACAGCUCAGUAAAUUGCGUGCCGGCGGGUGUCGCACAUUGGUGGUUGGUGACGUAUAUUUUGAGUGACAGGGAGCCGCAGCAGAGAGGUGAAAGAGCCACAUGCGGCUCCAGAGCCGCAAGUUGCUGACCCUUGGUCAGUGGUGGGAUUCAAAUAAUUUAACAACCGGUUCUCUGCCCUAAUGACCAGCUGGGUAGGCGUGGCUCGGUGGUCAUAUGACCAUGUGGGCGUGGCCAACUCAACAUCACUCACGUCGAUGGGCACUUCGCCUUAGCUGUUACAAUGUAAUAAGGGUUAACCGGAGAGGCAGUUUCUGUAAGUAGGGCAAUAAAGAUUAGUGUCAGUUUUGGAAGCCAAUUUUCUUUUUUUCUUGCUUCUUAACUGCCACAUAUUUUAGCUGGGGAGGAGGGUUGUUGUUGGAGCGGUAGAAAGUUAGUCAUAACAACAUUCCGUAUUCAGGGACAUCCUGCGUCUGAUGGAGACUGCCUGAAGAUUGUAUCCAAUUGAUUGGAUAAUGUGAUGAACUUGUGGGUGUGGGGCAGGGCUGUGAAUUGUCAACUGGGUGUGGAAAACCUGGAAGAUUUCAGUUUCGGGUUUUCCCAGCUGUGCCAACAUGACAUCUCUAAUAAAUUGGAACUUUGCGGAACCUCAAGCCUCAGAGCCUUAUUUCGUUGGGGGUGUUCCUUGGAACCCUGACAAUUAGGCUAGAAACAACACCAGAAUGUUUCAGUUCCUUACAGGAUUAGCUCUGUAAAGUGGGAAAAAAACAAAAUAAGAUUUCUUCCAACAACCGGUUCUCCGAACUGCUUCGAAAGUUAACCGGUUCUACCAAAUGAGUGUGAACUGUCUAAAUCCCACCAUUAGGUCUAUCCAUUUCUGAGCAAUCUAAUGUUCUUUUUUAAAAAAAUUACGUCUUCUUCACUUGGGAGUUUCCUCAUUUUUCCAAUACUAUGCAAAUACAAUU